CGCACCGAGCCGAGCCGCAUGCUACCACGCCGACUCGCCCCCCUCCUCCCGAACUCGCGCCUCCUCUUCCGCUCCCUAAACCCUAGCCUCGCCAUGUCUCCGGCCGACGCCGCCGCCGCCCACCUGACCACGGCCCCCGACCCCGACGAGGACAUAUGCCCCAGCCCCGCUGCCUCCGCUGCCUCCGGUGCCCCCGCUGCCCCCGAGGAGAUCGCACCGCCCGUGCCCACGCCCCUGCCUCCUCCGCCGGCGUCCGCGGAGGAGAGGGUGGAGCGCGCGUGGGCGCACUGGAGGCGGCUGGGGUCCCCGAGGCUGGUGGUGGCGCCCAUGGUGGACAACUCGGAGCUGCCCUUCCGCAUGCUCUGCCGCCGCUACGGCGCCGACGCCGCCUACACGCCCAUGCUCCACUCCCGCAUCUUCUCCGAGAACGAGAAGCACAGGGACAUGGAGUUCACUACCUGCAAGGAGGACCGCCCACUUUUUGUUCAGUUUUGUGCGAACGAUCCUGACAUUUUGUUACAAGCUGCAAAGCUGGUGGAAGCACACUGCGACUAUGUUGAUUUGAAUUUUGGAUGUCCACAGCGCAUUGCUAAACGGGGAUACUAUGGGGCAUUUCUCAUGGACAACCUUCCACUCGUUAAAUCGCUUGUGCAAAGUCUGUCAGAGAACCUUUGUGUUCCAGUCUCGUGCAAGAUCCGCAUAUUUCCGCGACUGGAGGACACACUUGCGUAUGCAAAGAUGCUUGAAGAAGCUGGUGCUUCUCUUGUGGCAGUGCAUGGGCGUACAAGAGAUGAAAAAGAUGGGAAGAAAUUUCGAGCUGACUGGGAUGCCAUCAAAGCUGUGAAAGAUGCCCUGAGGAUACCUGUACUUGCAAAUGGAAACAUUCGCCAUAUGGAGGAUGUGAAGAGCUGUCUGCAACACACUGGAGCUGAUGGCGUGCUUUCAGCUGAACCUCUUUUGGAAAAUCCAGCAUUAUUUGCUGGUUUCCGUACAAAGGAGUGGAAAGAAGAUGGCAAUGAAGACGGAGAUGGUGGUUUAGACCCGGCUGAUCUGGCCAUUGAGUAUUUGAAACUGUGCGAGCAAUACCCAGUGCCAUGGAGAAUGAUUCGAUCCCAUCUCCACAAGUUGCUGGGAAGCUGUUUUAGAGUGCAUCCACAAGUGAGGGAGGAAUUCAAUGCACAGACCAAGCUCACUUUUGAGGGGUUGCAUGAUAUGGUAAAGAGGCUGAAAGAACUCGGCGGUGGAAUACCACUUUACAGAGACCAGACCUCUUUACAGUCACAAAUCGUUUCAAACGGGCUAGCUGCAAGCAAUGCGUGAUGAUGCCCAUCAAUUUUGCCAUCUACAGCCUACCGAUUUAUGGAGGGAAACUAAAGAUGAACCAGAAGGCACUUUGCCAUCUAAUAUCAGUAUAGAUUGUAUCAGCAUUUUUGUUUGUGGGGGGCACCAUGAGUCGUGGUUCUGUAAAAGAGAAAUACGAGGGCCAAAAAUGAUUUUGUGUAAAGAUAUGCCAGUGGUUGCCCAAUUGAUUUGUUCUGAGCAUCUGCAGUGGAUACCUUAUUGUUGUAACAAUUGAUGUGCAGAUCUGCAGACAUUAUUACGAUCUGCUAUUGAAGUUGUAUCUUCUAA